AUGAAGACUGAAACGCCAGAAACGCGCACAGUCGAGCUUGGCGUAUGGAAAGUCGUGCUGCUAAACGACGUCCAUCGAGAUUAUCGAAAGAAUUGGAACAAUAUCCUCCUGGCUCUUCCCCUCUUCCGACGACUCGCUAUCGACAUUUAUACCUUGGAGCCGAUGUUGUCGAUUCUCUUUGUCCUGGAAAAGUUUUGGUCUGGCAUAGAAUCCGCCGUUCUGCUCUACCUCUCGAGUCGUCUUUUGCGGAUCAUUGAGGUCGGACUUGUUUCAGGGACCGUGAAUUCUGGUGCCAUCUUGAGUGCCGUGGCGAUACGUCUGUGUUGUAGCGCUCUGGCUGCACUCCUGUCAUGGGCUAGUGACGGUAUUCAUCCCAUUUUGAGAACCCGUGUUAUGACACAUUUUCAACUGCACCUCAUGCAAGGCAAGUCGCUUCCGGAAAGCUCUACCACAGAAGCCAAAAGUAAAUUCGAUGUGUCUGCCCGACACGCGUGGACAGCAUUCGAAGAUGUGGCGGAUUUCCUUCAGCAGAUAGUCACCACGGGGAGCGAGCUGGCUCUCAUCGUGCAGUCUUGUCGUGCAGCGGAAUCCCCGUUGUUCGCGGUUCUUUUCAGUGGGAGAUCGCUGUGGGAUCAAGCUCAUGUCGUUUACACGGAUAACAAAUACUUCCAGCGAAUGAAAAGUUUGGUGCAGAUGGCCACCGAUGGGUACAGGUCGGAAGUCUUAGGAUGCGAUCUUGUCGGUUAUAUUAUCACAGAGUAUCAGAAGGCGAUGUCAUCACUCGGAACCACCUCUGAUGACUGGGCCGAACAACAAUACUCUCGACGCACUGACCCAUUAAUGAGAAUAUCUGAAGCCAUCAUGGGGGAUGUCCCUAUGGUUUACUACGCAGUGGCAGCUAUCAUGAAACCAUCGAAAUUCUCUAUAUCCUCCAUCGCUAUCCUGCAUCAGUCAUCUGGAUCUUUGGAAUGGUCAAUGCGGUGCCUCUUCCGCAAUGUUAGCAAAUUUCGAAAGCGAUGCGAACGGCUGAGGAUGAUUUACGAAGCAGACAAGAUCAAUAAUAAACUCAUCGAUGGAUGUUUGUCCUAUCCGCCGGAGAAAUCACAAGGAAUGUCUUUCGAGCUUCGUGACCUGUCCUUCUCCUACCCAGGAUCACAGUCCACCAAGCCUGCCUUGUCAAACAUCAACCUCUCCAUCAAAGCCGGACAACUCGUUGUGAUCGUCGGAGCCAACGGCAGUGGUAAAUCCACCGUCAUCAAGCUCCUCGCGCGCCUAUAUGAUCCAACAUCGGGUCCAGACUCUCUCACUGCUGAUGGCCUGCCAAUAUCCAAGUACAGAAUGUCUGAGCUUCGUGAGGCCACAGCCAUGCUCACACAAGAACACUCGCUCUUCCCUGUCCCGCUCGGCGAGAACAUCGGUUUAGGGUUCGUCAAGCAUGUAGAGGACAUGGAGAUGAUUGAUCGCGCGGCCGAGCUUGGGGGAGCGACGCACUGUUUGGCGAAGCUGACGGAGGGAAAAGACACGAUUCUCUCAGCGAUGAACGAGGCUUAUGGGCACGAUGUUCCAGAGAGCGAGGCGCAUCCGCUACAGGUUGAGAUGGAGAAGCUGAGGAAGAACAUCACGCUGUCGGGUGGUGAGAAGCAGAGAAUCGUGGCAUCCCGAACAUUCAUGCGUUUUGAGUCUGGAAAGGUGAAGUUUGUUGUCGUGGAUGAGCCAAGCUCUGCCUUGGAUCCUGAGGGAGAAGCAUCACUUUUCAACAACCUCAUCGAUGCACGAGAGGGAAAGACAAUGAUUUUUGUUACCCAUCGGUUUGGACAUCUAGCAAAACGUGCAGAUCUCAUUGUAUGUAUGAAGGACGGAAGUAUCGUGGAGACGGGAAACCACAAGGAGUUAGUAGAAAUGAAUGGAGAAUAUGCCAAGUUGUACAACAUACAAGCUAGCGCGUUUGUAUGA